CGUCAACAGCAUCGCGUCGUUGUGUGUCAUCGGUCGUUGGAACUCCGCAUACACAAUUGCACACAGCCUUGAGAACUCUCUGCCUCUCUCGGUGACUGUUUCCGCAAUUACAUUCGCGCCUUCUACUUCGUUGCCUACUACCUCUCCGCGCGCGCCUAGUGUUUGUGCGCGUUGUUAUCGCUUCCAGUUUUAUCACACGGAACAAUACGACGGGGGGCGCACUGUGGAAACCGGAACACCCGGAACGUUUCUGUGAAAAUUCUGAACUGCACACAGUGUCCAGAGAGAGAGUGAUCGAGUGACCGGAAGGACACCCCGAAAAAGGACAUUAUACCCUCGAGUACCCCCGAGUACACCCCUUCAGCUAGGGGGAAACAUUCAAGCCACAGGACUACGACGACGUGUGCCGUCGUCCUUCGUCGCGUGCGCCAUAUCUUUCGUCCUUGCCUUAUUGAUCGAUCCACGGCCUGCUGCUGCUGCUGGGUCAGUGCGCUCUAGUGUGCGUGCACGCGCUCGUGUGUGUGUGUGGUUGCACUCGGCAAGGAUUUCGCACCGGGCCUCCUCCGGAGAAGGGUGCGCGCGUUGUGGAUGUUAUUGGAAGUUGCCAACUCUGCUGCGUAGUUCGCACAAUCUUUCGGCAAAUAAAAGAUUCCCAGUUGUUUCUGGCUGUUGUUUGCUGACUGAAGUGUACUCUGGAAUAUACCACCGGCUUCAGUGAUAAGAAGUUAUCAUCAUCUUGUCUUGUUGUGCUCGGACAAAGUGUUUAAUAUAAGCGGCGCACACUCUCGUGGUGUUCAGUGUUUGGUCAACGACGACACGGAACAGCACCCUACAACCUCUACCACCGACAGCGCGCCCCAGCACCGUACCAGUAUUAAACCCAACGCUACGCGUUACCCGCUCAAAACGUCCCAAAAAAUCGACUGAAAACUUACAUAACUUACACACAAUUCGCCCAAAGAUUAGUCUCUACGUUGAUCAGCUAGCUCGUCACUACUGUGUGCUCUCUAUUACCUAAUCUGACUGCCUGCCACCACCUGUUAAGCGUUUGCAACAGUGUGCCUCUGUUCUGUCUGUGGUGAUCGUGGUAUGAGAAAGUAAUAACCGUAAGGCGCGACUCUCGGUUUGUACUCCGCCAUUCGCGAGAUCAAGAUCACACUGCGACAGUGGCCGCUUGAAGUAGGAAUCCUGCAAGAAACAAGCGUUGGCCAGACGAGGCGUACUGGAAACCAGUGGCUAAGCAAAAGCACAACAGCUUCGACCGCAAUCACUUGAAGCAGCAGCAGCAGCAAUGAUGGCACAAGUGCAAUCGCUUCCGUCGAUCGACACGGUGGACAAUAAGCAAAGUACCGACGAGCUGUCGUACAUGACGACGCCCAGCAGCGAGUACCUUAAUCGCGAGGAAGACCGACUACGAACAUUUAUGAACCGGUGGCCGAUACCGUUUGUGCAGCCGGAGGAGUUGGCACGGUACGGGUUCUACUACACCGGUUCCGAGGACACGGUGAAGUGCUUUUUCUGUCGCGUCGAAAUCGGUAUGUGGGAGCAGCACGACAACGUGAUCGAGGAGCACCUGCGCUGGUCACCGUACUGUCCGCUGCUGAAGAAGCGCCAAACCAACAAUGAGCCGAUCAAUGCGAACUUCCUGUCGGCGCUACCGGAGCCCAGCUACGAUGUGUGCGGCAUCAACAUGCGCCAGCACUCGUACGCCGAGAAUGCGGGCGACCGCAUGAGCGGCGACUCCUGGGUCAGCGAUGGCAGUAGCACCAGCAGCAAUAGCACCGGCAGUAGUGUCGGCGAAGCGAGCGGAACGAUCAGCACCGAUCGGAGCGGACUGGUGCGCAGCGGGGCCGAUGCCGAUGGCACGAUUCUGACGGCGGCCGCCGCCCCGCACGGUACGAUGCUGAUGGGUGCGAUGCGUCGGCCCGAGUAUCCCAACUACGCGAUCGAAGCCGAUCGCCUCAAGUCGUUCGCGGACUGGCCCACGUCCAUGUACCAGAAGCCCCAGCAGCUGAGCGAUGCCGGCUUUUUCUACACCGGCAACGGUGACCGGGUGAAGUGCUACAGCUGCGGCGGAGGCCUCAAGGACUGGGAGCAGGGCGACGAACCGUGGGAACAGCACGGCAUCUGGUACAGCAACUGUGAGUACCUGAAGCUGAUCAAGGGCCACGAGUUCAUCCAGAAGUGUCAGCAGAUGCGGGAGGACGAGGAGGCACAAACGAACGGCGGCCAGCACUCGCGGCCGUCCACGUCCGGCGCCAGCUCGGCGGCGUCGUCCUUGAUGAGCACCUCGCCCGUUUCGUCCCGCAGCGGAGUGAGCUCCCCGACGGCAGCGGACGAUGAGUGCACGUUGCGUCGCUGCGAUUCCGGUCUCGCCACGGCGACGGAAGACGGUCAGCAGGAGGGGGAGGACGAAACGGGAACCCGAAACAUCUCCGACGGCAAGAUCUGCAAGAUCUGUUUCGUCAACGAAUACAACACGGCAUUUUUGCCCUGCGGCCAUGUGGUCGCGUGUGCCAAGUGUGCAUCGUCCGUCACCAAGUGUCCACUGUGUCAGCAACCGUUCAUCAACGUGCUCAGGUUAUACCUGUCCUAAAAGCGUACGGGGAAACCUCUCCGGGCAAGGAAAACAGAAGUCUAGGAUGUUCGUUCGGAGAACCUCCUCCCAAUGCAUCCGGGGAUAGCACACGGCUGAAAAGAGAUAGGUGCACUGUGUAUGGUAAUUGCUUCGGC